GAUACGAAGAGGGGCAGGUCCAGUGAGCAGCCCACAGUGGGGUGUCAACCUACUAAACCUCGGUAUAGUAUAAAAUGAAGCAGGCAGAGCUUGUUUGGCCUUUGCUUUAGUUGUGGAGGAAAGAGGAGUCUUUUUGUUCCUGAUUGAACUACCCGGUGCCACCCUGAUCAAAUCCUAACUGAGCACGUGCCUCUGACUUUGGAACAAGAAACAUGACGGCCAUCAAUGCACCUCGGGACAAAUACAAUGCAGUAUGGAUAAUUUUUUUUAUCCUGGGCUUGGGAACCCUAUUACCGUGGAAUUUCUUCAUGACGGCAACAAUGUACUUCACAAGUAGGCUGAAGGACGACCCCUCCUUCAAUCAGACGGCAAAUGAGACUUUGAAUGGCGGAGACACUCGCAGUGUGCUGGAGUCAAAGUUUAACAAUGUGAUGACGCUCUGCGCCAUGGUGCCUCUGCUCAUCUUCACCUGCCUCAACUCCUUCCUACACCAGAGGAUUCCUCAGAAGUUUCGAAUCUCUGGCAGCCUGGUGGUCAUCCUGGUGGUUUUCCUGUUGACGGCGGUGUUCGUCAAGGUGGACGUGGCCCCACUGCCCUUCUUCACCAUCACUAUGAUCAAAAUUAUCUGCAUCAACUCGUUCGGGGCGAUUCUUCAGGGCAGCUUGUUCGGGCUGGCGGGGAUACUGCCUGCCUCCUACACCACUCCCAUCAUGAGUGGACAGGGGCUGGCCGGCACCUUUGCUGCUUUCUCCAUGAUCUGUGCACUGGCCUCUGGAUCAGCCCUUCAGGACAGUGCUUUUGGUUACUUUAUCACAGCCUGUGUUGUUAUUCUCCUGGCCAUAAUGUCCUACUUCGUUCUGCCCAGGAUGGAGUUUUUCCAGUACCACAUGGAGAGUAAUGGAUCCAGGCCCUCUGCCGAUGAGGAUAACAACAUGGACUUACUCAAAAAAGAAAGUCCAGCAGAGAAGCGACCGGUGGUGAGUCUGAUGGAGGACGAGGCCAAACCCACCGUGUCUGUGGUAAACAUCUUCAAACAGAUCUGGGUGAUGGCUCUGUCCGUGUGCUUCAUCUUCACCAUCACCAUCGGAACAUUCCCAGCCGUGACCGUGGAUGUCAAGUCGACGUUAGCUGAUGGAGGCACCUGGGGAACUUACUUCAUCCCUGUGUCAUGUUUCCUCCUCUUUAACCUGAUGGAUUGGGCUGGCAGGAGUCUGACGGCCGUCUGUAUGUGGCCGGACAAAGACAGUAUGUGGCUUCCUGUCCUGGUGGGUCUGCGGGUCGUCUUCGUCCCUCUUUUCAUGCUGUGUAACGUCCAGCCUCGUUACUACCUCCCCGUGCCGUUUGACCACGACGCCUGGUACAUCGUCUUCAUGAUCUUCUUCUCCUUCUCCAACGGAUACCUGGCCAGUCUCUGCAUGUGCUUCGGACCCAAGAAGGUCUCCCAGCAUGAGGCGGAGACGGCCGGGGCCAUCAUGGCCUUCUUCUUGUCCCUCGGCUUGGCGCUGGGCGCUGCAGUCUCAUUUGCUUUCCGGGCCAUGAUCUGAAAGAUCUCCAGUCAGACCUUCAGUAGACGUAGACUUAGAUUAGACCACCCCGCCCUCACACACACUCCCCGUCUUUACCGGUCACGGGAGAGCCGUGCUUCUCUGCAACAAUCUCCCCGACUGAGUGGAGACGGCACGGCAGAUAAGAAGACUAGAGGACCUCAGUCUUCUGAAGUGUACAGCAGAGACUUGUCUCAUCCAGCCAUCUCGGCAACAAUAUAAGCUGAAACAUGUUAAGUGAAUAUUAGUUCUCUCGAUGCCAUUGAUCAAACGGGUUGUUUCUCUGUGAUGGAAUUGAAGAGUUCAGAGUGCAACUCAACAAGCAAAUCGAAACCAAAAGUGUAGAGAAAUCCGUUGCAGUGGACUCGUCAUGACCGCAGAAUUUUUUCAAGGUGUGUUUUAACUAUCCCCGGACAUCCCGAAUCUUGAGCCCAGUGUUAGUGAAGUCCAUAAAAAGUUCUUGUGAUAAAAUUGCUUUUAAAGUAAUAAAUUUCUUUCACUUUCUUUAGAAAUCCUAAGAAGUUAUGAUGGUGUGUACAUAAAGUCUUAACACAUUUUUAUUAAUGAGGCUCUUAGAUUCUGCUGUUUGGCUCAUCUACAUAAACCGGUAAAUUUUAACCCAUCAGUUUGUAAACUGAUCUCAAUGUGAAAUUUUUUUUUUUAUGACUCUGGACUGGACUUUUUUAACUUUGAUCAAGCCAAAUACAUAAAGACAACAUGGGAAAAUGAUGAACUUUGAAGGGAGAUUACCAUUAUCCAUCCAACGGCUAAUUAUAAAUGUGCCUUGUGUAAACUGCUUCGCUCCCUCGCUCUACUUGUCGAUUUGGGUCACUUUUUAUUUUUAAACUUCCUCAUAACAAAUGAGUAAAUUCUCUAAGAAUGUAAGGCUGGACUAAAUCCUAAAGACCAUGUUUCAAUCAAUCUGCUGAAUAUUUGUUGUCUUAGAGAGUGGUGUUUGUUUUUUAGUUAUAGAUGAAGUUGUACCAGUGUUGCUCUAUUUGGUUUGCCUGAAAACACAGAGGUCACGUUUUCGGUCUAGAUUUUUCAGCCCACAUGUUGUUUACUGUUAAUGUGUCUUCCUGAUAAACAUAUUUUGCCACAAUGUAUUUUUGAAUGCAGCAAAAAGAAAAUCUGCAGCCGUCAGUGACGUGAAAUGUACCAUUUAUGAGUGAGAUAUUCUUUCGCCUUCAUGAGCCUGUGACAUUUCUCAUUUGAACAUGUUUUCAUAGAUAAGUUUUGUAUCCAAAAUAUUUUUUUGUCCGUUUUUCAAACUUCACGACUUGGCUCUCGCUGAGUUGGUAGUGUUAUGAAUGAGGAGGUAAAAGGCCUCAUGCCCAUCAGUGUUAUAUUUCUGUGGCCUUUUGGAUGCUUUUUUAAAUUUUUUUUUUUUUUUUAAGUUUGCUUUAAUUGUCCAAAAAUUACUCAUAAUGCAAGCUGUAUAGAUCCUAACUGCCUGUUGUUUUUUUAAAGCAUAACAUUGGUCUGUUCUUCCAUACUUAGUGUUUGGUUGGUAUGGGAGUCAUGGACCAUUAAAAAGUUACUUAUAUUGCAGCUUCAAACCGUUCUGUGAUCAAAUAAAACUGUAUUUUUAAGAA